GAUAUCUGAUAAGUAGUAGCUGCAGCACCGCAGCUAGCCAGUAGUAGCAUCUGCAUCAAUAGCGAAAGCUGAAACUGAACGACUGAUAACCGGGCUGAUAACAUAACUUGUAUUCACUGUAUUUCCAUUUGCCGCGAACUGACUCACCAAUCAAUUGAAAUGUCUGCCCCUUACCCAGACAAGGCUCAAGAGGCUGUGUACCCUCCCCAGCAGCCGGCUGGCUACCCCCCUCAACAGAACCCUGGCUACCCCCCUCAGCAGAACCCUGGCUACCCUCCCCAGCAGCAAGGUUACCCCGCCCAGGGCCAGGCGCAGUACACCGGACAAACGGUCGUUGUCGGGGCUGCUCCCCAGACGACGAUGAUUGUACGCCAAUCCCAGCCUCAGCCAAACGACUACCUGGCAUUCGCUAUCUUCGUCACCAUCUGCUGUUGUCUCCCAUUUGGAAUCGUAGGCAUUGUGAAAUCCAUGGACGUUCGUAAUCGCUACACAUCCGGUGAUUACGCCGGAGCCGAAGAAGCAUCCCGAUCCGCUAAGAACUGGUCCUUAGCUGGUCUCAUCACAGGGAUCGUCCUUGAAGUCCUGGGUGUCAUACUCAUAAUAGUGUAUUACGUAGUCAUCAUAUCUUACUACACGGCUGCUGUCAACGACGCGUUCGACAACUACGGCUACUAGACCAUGUUUACACACGACCCCACCUGCCUACAACAACCCUUGGAAUAAUAGAGGAAUAACGUGUUAAUGUAGAAUAUAGAUAUAACGGAAGGAGCUACGUGCGCAUCACAACACCUGCCCCUACCCCAAUUCCCCACUGCAUGUGUACAGGUAUAUUGUAUGAAGGAGUCAUGAGUCUUUCUUGCUUUCUAUCCGACAGGUUCGUAAUCGCUACACAUCCGGUGAUUACGCCGGGGCCGAAGAAGCGUCCCGAUCCGCUAAGAACUGGUCCUUAGCUGGUCUCAUCACAGGCAUCGUGCUUGAAGUCCUCGGUGUCAUACUCAUAAUAGUAUACUACGUAGUCAUCAUAUCUGUCGCCACGUCUAACAUCUACUAUUAGACCAUGUUUACACACAAACCCGCCUACCCGCAUCACAACACCUGCCCCUACCCCAUUCCCCCACUGUGUACAGGUAUAUCGAUGACGGAGUCAUCAGUCUUUCUUCCUUUCUACCCUACAGGUUCGUAAUCGCCACACAUCCGGUGAUUACGCAGGAGCGGAAGAGGCAUCUCAAUCCGCUAAGAAGUGGUCCUUAGCUGGUCUCAUCACAGGGAUCGUG